AAGAAAGAACAGUAAUCCCAGAUAGUGAAAUAUUGAUAUAGUAUAUAUCUAUAGUCGUGUCAGAUGGGAUCUAUCUUUCUGUAGGUUCAUUCAACACGUUUUCACUAGCGGUGUGUCUUUACAUGUUUUACUCUUUCACCUGUCUUCAACUGUGCACUUACUGUAGUUACCGUGCACCGUAGAUUCCUGAAGAUGCUGAUCCGGCUGCAGGUCCGUACAGCAUCGACGUCAAUAUGACGACGCAUCUGAAAACGUUGGUAACCAGAAGUCUACCACUUACGAUAUCUGGAAAGAACAGAAUCAUCCUCAUUCAAACAGACAAACCUAUCUACAAACCAGGAGAAACGGUUAUGGCAAGAGUGAUUGUUCUUGAUCGUGAGACGAGAUCAGUGACAGGAGGAGUUACCGUCACUAUAGAGAAUCCUAAAUCAUAUACCAUUGGACGUUAUUCCAACAUUGACUUAGAAUUUGGUGUUGGCAAGUUUGAGUUUCCACUGUCUUCUGAACCUGUUCUUGGAACACACACGCUAUGUGCUACAUACGAGGGUCUGCCCAAAAAUCAGCGUUCUUGCUUUACAUUUAAAGUCAAACGUUAUGUUGUGCCCAGAUUUUCCUGUUUGGUGGCACUCACUAAUGAUGUCCUCGAUUGUGUUACAAGUCAGGUCUGCUUCACUGUGUCAGCAACCUAUACUUACGGUCAAAAGGUUAGAGGAUAUUUGAAAGCAAAAGUGACUCCUGAAUUCAGAUGGCCACGUUGUCGAGGAAAUCCCAUUACAACGCGCAUGAUCGAUGGAACCACUGCAAUGUGUAUAAAGUUCUGCGCAAGAGGCUGUGAAAAGCUAGACAUCGAUGUCAACGUGACCGAUCUGCAGUCUCAAAAAACCGUCCAAUGCGAUGGACAGACAAGAAUCACAAGAAGCCACACACCAAACAAACUGACUUUUAUCCAAGAAGACAAAACAUUCAGCCAGUGCCAAUACACCACAUUAAAAGUUGCAGCUUCAAGUUUGAUGGGAACUCCAAAGUAUGCAAAUGUAAGCCUGACGGGUACGAUAUACACGAUGAACGAAAGCGGAUGUCUAAACUAUAGCUCUCAAUCGCUGAAAGCUAUUUACCAACAGACUGAUAGAAGUGGAGUAGCAACAUUUAAUGUUUGUACUCCAUGCAACGCUUUGUCUCUCCGUUUUACAGCUUCUGCAGUUCUGAUAAAAGAAGCAACAAAUCGUUUUGCUGAUGCAUACACUUCUCUAAAUAUGAUCUAUGCUCCUGAAAGAAUUGUGUUGUCUAGCAACCAAACACGAGUCGAGGUCGGUAAUACAGCAUCUGUUUAUGCAUCUUUUUCCAGCAAAGUAGUUGCAGACUAUUAUAUUGUUAGCAAAGGUAAGAUAGUCAGUCAUGGUGAGUGCUUACAUAAAAGAGAUCAGAAUGUCAGAAGCAAGCAUCAACAGUUGUGUGAAGACGGAGGCAUUAAGAGAACUUGCUCAUUCUCAUUUCUUGUGACGACAUUGAUGGCUCCAAAAGUUACUGUAAUUGUCAGUCAGAAGAAUCAAGCAGCUUCACGCAUCGCAUUUGAUGUAAUUGCGAAUACCAGAUCACAGAUGUCUCUGGAAUUCCGAGAAGAAGAAGUGAGACCUGGCGAAAAAGCCCAUGUACUAAUACAUGCACCUGUCUCGUCUUACGUGGGCGUAGUAGCAGUCGAUCAAAGCGUUUACCUGCAGCAAGACAAGAACCAACUUACAACAGCUAAGUUGUAUGAUGAGAUUAGACGGCUUGAUGAGUACAAGCCACUGACCGUGAAGCGAUACGAUUGUGCCUGGCGUCUACAUUUCAAAUGUAGUUGCGACUGUUAUAGGUAUCGAAAAGAAUCGAACCCACCUCUUGCAAAACCGAGACCUCUCCCUGCAGUAGACGUAAAUGGUCCUCCUGGAGUCAAACGAGACGUAGGAAGAGAGUCGCCAAGCAUUAUUAGAACUCGUAAAUGCUGUGCACGACGUUGCAAUUUAAUUUACUAUCCUCAGUAUUGUUCUUACGUCCAAGCAAGCAGCUACUUCACCGCUUCUGGAAUUACUGUGUCUGACAGUGAUACGCCGUCUCCGACUGAAUGCUCAAAACCAAUGCCUCUAAUUAUCCCUACAUUUACAUACGGCUGUUGUGCUCGAUUAAGUUUUUGGGGAAAACCAAGAAACGGCGGUGGUCCAGUUCGUGCAUUGAGUGGAAAGCUAGCAGCUAUUCAAGAGAAGCGAGUUGAAACCAGCUCUACAGAUGAAGUAAUUGAUACAUCGAACGUCGCCAAUCUUGUAAAUCCAACUCGUGUACGAAAAUUCUUUCCCGAGACGUGGCUUUGGUUUGAGAUGGAGAUGAAUAAUCAUACACAGACAAAGGAAGUUACUGUGCCUGAUACGAUUACGUCUUGGGUUGUGGAUGCCUUCUCUGUUUCAACGUCAACGCACAUGUCAAUAGCAAGACCGACAACUUUAAGAGUAUUCAAACCUUUCUUCAUCACUAUCAAUCUGCCCUAUUCGGUGAUAAGAGGAGAGCUAGUAAAGAUCAUUCUCACCGUUUACAACUACUUGGAGACACCACUAACAGCAAAUGUCGAGGUCCUAGUCGACAGCAAUGAUCUACGAAUAGUGUACGGAAAGGGAAACAAGACAGCGCUACACAAGGCUGAUAGAACGGUGACUGUUCCUGCAAGCGCAGGUAACUUCCUAUCGUAUUACCUUCUACCUCUCAAGAACGGAUACCUGCGUUUAAAAGCCACCGCCAGAUCGACAGUUGCUGCAGAUAGCCUCAUACAAAAUCUGUUCGUCGAACCUGAAGGAGUAAAAGAAGAGUAUGCCCAAUCAGCCCUGCUGUGUAUUAAAGAUACUCCUACUCCCACUCCCCAAAUCGACGACACGUCCGAUAGCGGUCUCAAGUGCAUCACAAAACGCUUCAAUGCAUCUCUCCCACCAAACUACGUUCCGGACUCAGAAAGCGCAGAAGUUUCAGUAACUGGAAAUUACAUGGGACCAACGAUUAGCGGUCUCGAAAGUCUUUUGAGGUUGCCAACGGGCUGUGGUGAGCAGAACAUGCUCAACUUUGCCCCCGCCGUUUACAUUGCUCGCUACCUCGACACAAUCGGAAAGCUUGACGCUGCAACUCGCAAGAAGGCUCUUCACUACAUGCAAACAGGAUACCAGAGAGAGUUGACUUAUCAGCGUCAGGAUGGAUCAUACAGCGCAUUCGGAGAUCGUGAUCGUUGUGGAAGCAUGUGGUUGACCGCGUUUGUGUUGAGAUCGUUUGGUCAAGCGGACGGUCUCAUUGGAAUGUCUAUCGAUAACAAAGUGCAGAAAGAAGCGAUCGACUUCAUCAUAUCGAAACAGAAGGACGACGGUUCGUUUCCGCCGGUGUGUGGUCCACUAGACAAGAAGAUGCAAGGAUGCAGUGGUGGUGGUUGUUCUCUGACCGUUUACGUCACACUGGCUCUUCUUGAGGCUGGACUACCACCAAAGGCAACAGCAAACGGAUAUUAUAUGCUCAAGACAAACUGCUAAUACGUUUUGGUGUAGGAUAA